AUGCGGAUCGGCAACACGCGCGAUCCAAGCAGCGGAGAAAUCACCGCGCUGAACGCCAGCGACCCGCCUCUGCCUCCAGGAGGCUCCCCGCAGUACCGCCCGGCCGACCGGAAGCCUGCGUGGCAUACGGAUUCGGUGUACCGGAAGGAUCCGCCCAUUGGCUCGUUGCUGUACUGCAAGCAGACGCCGCCCGAGGGGGGCGCGACCUGCUUUGCCAACGCGGCUGCGGCCUAUGAGGCUUUGGACGCUGAAAAGAAGGAGAGGCUAAGGACAUUGGAGUGCCUUUGUUCUCAAGCUCAUCAUGAUGCCAAGAUCAAUCGUAGCUCUCCAGACUUCCCAGUGCUCACGCCCGCGCAGCGGGCCGCCAGCCCUGCGCAGCGGGUGGCGAUGGUCUUGCAGCAUCCGCUCAAUCAACGCUUGGCGCUCUAUGGCAUGAACGGUGGCACCUGCAAGGUCUUGCCCCGCGAGGCGAAGAUCACAGCUGAAGAGCUGGAGCGCUUUGAGUUGGAGGCGGUGGAGCACCAGUCGGUGGAGGAGGAGUGGCGUUCCUUGCUGCCCUUCGUGACCUCCCCCAAGUUCACAGUGAAAUGGGAGUGGCAAGUGGGAGAUCUUGUCCUUUGGGACAACCGUUGCACCCUCCACUGUGCCACAGGCUUUGACCGUGACCGCUACGUGCGUGAGAUGUGGCGCACAACGUUGGCUCAAGAUCGGCCAGAUGCCCCGGCGCUGGUGGGCGCCAAGGGCGGCUGA